UUAUAAAUAAGUGUUGGCCUCUACACCAAACUCACCACAUUCACUUUCUUCUUCUUCUUUCUCUCCAUUAGAAAUUAUUGAGUUUUAAUUUCAUGGCUAUUAGAAUUCCUCCAACUCUUGGUCUUACUCGUCCCGGUCCAAGCAAUGCCCCUAAGAUAACUUUUGCUGCAAAAGACACUGAUGUCUUGGAAUGGAAUGGAGACUUGCUUGCUGUGGGUGUCACAGAGAAAGAUGUGGUCAAGGAUGACAACAACAACUUCACCAAUCCACUUUUGCAAAAGUUGGAUGCACUCUUGGGUGGAUUGUUGGCCGAAGCUUCUUCAGAGGAAGAUUUCUCUGGAAAGUCAGGCCAAGCUAUUGUUCUUAGAGUUUCUGGUUUGAGCUUUAAGAGGGUGGGUUUAUUUGCGCUUGGCCAGUCAGCUUCACGUGCAGCAGCCUUUGUUGGUCUAGGUGAGGCCAUUGCAGCAGCAGCACAGGCAUCUCGAGCAGUUUCAGUUGCUUUUGCUCUUGCCUUCUCAGCGGACCUUUCGGAUGAAUGGAAGCCAGCCAUUGCCUCGUCCAUUGCAAUUGGAAUUGUCAACGGGAUAUUUGACGACAAUAGAUAUAGAUCAAACCCCAAAGCAACUGUACUUCAAUCUGUGGAUGUUCUUGGUCUUGGAUCUGGAGCUGCUAUGAUAAAAAGGCUGAAAUAUGCACAAUAUGUCAGUUCCGGGAUAGUGUUUGUAAGAGAACUUGUAAAUUCACCAGCAAAUAUACUUACACCAGGGCAAUUGGCAGCAGAGGUUUUAAACCUUACCCGAAACUAUAGUGACGUUCUUUCUGCAAGAAUUUUCGAUGAAGAAGAAAUCAUAGAAAUGAAGAUGGGGUCUUAUCUUGGUGUGACUGCAGCAGCCACUGCAAAUCCUCCCAAGUUUAUCCACUUAUGUUACAAACCCCCCAGUGGAUCUGUAUCGGCCAAAUUGGGUUUAGUUGGUAAAGGAAUUACCUUUGACAGUGGUGGCUACAACCUUAAAGCAGGAUCCGGCAGCAACAUUGAAACAAUGAAAAAUGACAUGGGAGGGGCAGGAGCAAUUUUUGGUGCAGCCAAAGCCAUUGCUGAAAUUAAACCUCUUGGUGUCGAGAUCCAUUUUGUUGUUGCUGCUUGUGAGAACAUGAUAAGUGCAACUGGCAUGAGACCUAGUGAUAUUGUCACAGCUGCAAAUGGAAAGACAAUUGAGGUUAAUAACACUGAUGCAGAAGGCAGACUUUGCCUUGCUGAUGCUUUGAUAUACACUUGCAAGCAGGGUGUUGAUAAGAUUAUUGACUUGGCUACUCUAACUGGUGCUUGCAUAACUGCUCUUGGGCCUUCAGUUGCAGCUGCCUUUACACCAAGCGAAGAGCUAGCAAACGAAGUACUUUCUGCUGCAGAGAGGAGUGGUGAGAAACUAUGGAGGUUGCCAAUUGAGGAAAGUUAUUGGGAGUCAAUGAAGUCGGGAGUUGCUGAUAUGGUCAACACUGGUCCUAGUCAAGGAGGUGCAAUAACAGCUGCUCUAUUUCUGAAACAGUUUGUUGAUGAGAAUAUCCAAUGGAUGCACCUUGACAUUGCUGGCCCUGUUUGGAAUACUAAGAAGAGUGUUGGAACUGGAUUUGGUGUUUCCACGUUAGUGGAGUGGGUUCUGAAGAAUGCUUCUUAAGAUUAGGUCCAAUGAUGGCAGGGACCUUAAAAAUGAAUAAUAUGAAUAAAAAUUAUAUCGAGUACUAAUCGAUCUAAAUAAGGUGGAUGCUAAGAGUUUCCAGGUUGUAAGCAUUUUAGUGAUGAUUAUAAUAAAUAAAAAGUUGUAUUAGAUAAUGUCAUUUGUUAUAGAUUGCUGGCUAUUCUAAGAGUUCUACUUUAAUUUA